AUGAAUGGUGACAUAGCAGACAAUACAGAAAGUAGUGACAGCACAGGAUGUCCGUUGUGGGAGAGACUGGGAUGCGCACGCGGCGUCUGCGCGCGAUUCUGUCGCCGGAGAAGUCGUAUCGCGCCGGAACAUGUAGCCAACGGAAAAACUUUCAGCAGAAGCCGAGAAUCCCGCCGUCGGAUCAACCACCCACCAUCGGCCCUCUACAGUGUAGUAGGGGAACGUCUUCGCACGAGUACUCCUCGCGGUCUCCAGUGUGCCCUGUUCUGCGGUGGAGCACGAUGCCCUUACGAAAGACCACAGACUGGAGCUGCUAUACAAGGACUUUAUUCGAACUGGGUUACAGACGAUAUUCUGGCGAUGGCACGACCCAGUACCGCUACUAUCGCUGCAAGAAACAUUAUUCAACAAUUCCACAGCUGGGGUAUACGAACAGUGAUUAACCUUCAAACUCCGGGUGAGCACGCGAGCUGCGGGCCUCCACUAACUAAAUCCGGCUUCACUUACGACCCAAUAGUUUUUAUGGCUAACGAUAUUUAUUACUACAAUUUCGCGUGGCCUGAUUACGCCGAAGCCAGCCUGAGUGGGUUACUCAACAUGGCGAAGGUACUCUCCUUCGCGCUCCAAGAAGGCAGGGUUGCCAUACAUUGUCAUGCAGGCGUGUGCAAAUCAAAUGUGAGACUUGAUGGAAAAAUUGCGUUAGUGACUGGUGGAAAUCAAGGCAUCGGUCUCGAAACCGCUCGAGACCUCGCUUCAAGAGGUGCAAAAAUCAUUAUCGCUUGUCGUGACGGAAAAAAAUCAGCAGAUGCGAUCGCCGAUAUUAUUAAAACGACUGGCAACAACAACAUCGAAUAUAAAUACUUAGAUUUAUCUAGCUUCAGAAGUGUAAGAAGUUUUGCUCACGAUUUUAACCAAACUUACGAUCGCCUAGAUAUUUUGAUCAACAAUGCUGGCUGUGCAGGCCUCAAGCACAAAGCUAGUGAAGACGGUAUUGAUUUGGUGAUGCAAGUGAAUUAUUUGGGACCUUUUUUGCUUACAAAUCUACUGCUUGACAAGAUUAAAGCUUCUCCAGCUGGAAGGAUCGUCAUUGUAUCUUCACUUCUUCAUUUAUUUGGUCGAGUAACAACUAGUAACCUAAAUGGCUUACAAACGAAACAUUACAUGCGGAAAUAUGCAAAUAGUAAGCUGUGUGAUAUUUUGUGGACUAGAGCACUAGCAAAGAGAUUGCCAAAGAAUGUACUUGUUAACUCUCUACAUCCUGGAGUAGUUAAAACUGAUAUAUUUAAACGACUCGAUCGUUAUUCACUCAAAUGGUUAAUGUUUCUGAUUGAAGUGUUAAAUUUUAAGACACCGAAAGAAGGUGCUCAAACCUCCAUAUAUCUGGCCGUGUCUGAAGAAGUUGAUAACAUUAGUGGAAAGUACUUUAUGGAAUGUAAGGAAGCUGAGUAUUCCAAGGUUGCGGAUAGUGAAGACUUGGUGGAAGAUAUUUGGAAUAAAAGUGUAAUGUUGACGAGUUGA